AUGGAGUGGAGUGGAGUGGGGCAUGGAGUGGAGUGGAGUGGGGCAUGGAGUGGAGUGGAGUGGGGCAUGGAGUGGAGUGGAGUGGGGCAUGGAGUGGAGUGGAGUGGGGCAUGGAGUGGAGUGGAGUGGGGCAUGGAGUGGAGUGGAGUGGGCUGUGGCUCGAUUGCAGCUCCUGAGGGCAGCUUAACCACCAGCGUGUCAUCAACAGAGGGCGCGAGCUUCCCCACAUACACAGUCGUCUGCGCCUUCUCCCCCCCCGCUCCCCCAGUUCCCCCCGCGCCUGCCCCUCCCCUCAACGCAGCAGCAGCCAGAAACGAGCUCAGAGGCGCGCCUCCCCCGUGCGGGGGCGCGGGGAGGCGCAUGUUGGGCGGGGGGAGGGAGGGCGGACGCGCCAGCGCGUGGGGGAAGGGGCUGGGCGCGCGGGGCAUUCCCGGGAAGGGGAAAGGGAGGGGGGAGGCGCCGGGGGGCGGGCGGAAGUGGUGCAUUGGGGCUCCCGGGGGUGGGCGCAUGAAGAUGAAGUGA